AGGGAGGAGGAGGAGCAGCAGAACGGUGUUGAGGAAGGAGAGGAGCAGGACGAGUAGGGUUCCAUUGAAGCGCUAGCUAGGGUUAGGGUUAGGGUUAACCCUAGCUAGGGUUAGGGUUAACCCUAGCUGGGGUUGGGGGUUAGCUAGGGUUAGGGUUAGCCCUAGCUACCCUCCUGCUGGCUAGGUGGUUUAUGAGUGAUUUCUGAUGUUUUUUAUAUUUUGCUUAACUAAUAAAAUGAAAACGGUCCCAUGCGUAUGGUGAAUGUAAACGCGUUACUUCCGCCCCCUGGUGUCUGGAGGCUCACAUGCAGCCUGAUACAGACCCGUCGUCUCCCGGCCUCAUCAGUCCUCCGCCGGCAGGGGGCAGCACAUCCGUGUGGCCCCAUACCCGCAGAGGCCUGCGAAGUAGAAUGACCCUCCCCAUGGAAGACCUCUGAACUUGUACCCUGUCGUCUGUGACCCUUACCCCUUAUCAGUGAGCCCUAUCCUUAUCAAUGGGCCGUGCUUUGAUCACUGAGUUGUGAUCGCCGAGGCCGCCAUGGUGCUGCGGUCUCUGUGUGUCCUGCGGGCCCAGGCCGCCGCCUCACUAAGCGGCCUGCCUGCCGCGCUUCUCCCCGGCGGCUCGGGGCUCGACCUCCCCGGCUCGGGGCUCGUCCUCCGGUCGCUGUCAACGGACGUCUUCCAGAACCUGGCCCUGGAGGACUGGAUACACGACAACGUGGACCUCCAGAGCCGCAGCAUCCUGCUGCUGUGGAGGAACUCGGCUGCGGUGGUGGUGGGUCGGCACCAGAACCCAUGGCAGGAGUGCGACCUGCGGCUGAUGAGGCGCAGCGGGGUGCCCGUGGCCCGGCGGCGCAGCGGCGGCGGAACGGUGUUCCACGACCCGGGGAACCUCAACCUAACGUUCUUCAGCUCCAGGAAGAACUACGACCGUGCCCGGAACCUGCGCGUGGUCACCGGGGCGCUGAGGGCGCUGCGGCCCGGGAUCGACGUCCGGGCGACGGACCGCUUCGAUAUCCUACUUGACGGUCACUACAAAAUAUCAGGCACGGCGGCUAAGCUGGGCCGCACCGCCGCCUACCACCACUGCACCCUGCUGUGCUCCGCCGACCGCCCGCUGCUGGCCUCUCUGCUCCGCCCCACCUGCCACGGUAUCCAUAGCAACGCCACGGCCAGCCUCCCCGCCCCCGUUCAGAACCUGAUGGACCACGACCCCUCCCUGACCCCCGAGAGCAUCACCCGCCAGCUGGCCCAGCAGUACCUAGCAGAGUUCGGCUCGGGGGGGCUCCCCGUGGUCCCGGUGCAGCCCUCUGACCCGGCCUUCGGGGGGAUCGACCGUGCGGCGGCGGCGCUGCGCGGCUGGGACUGGACGCACGGCCGGACGCCGCGCUUCAGCGUGGACACGGCCCUGGAGCUGGCGGACGGCGCGGCGGCGGCCACGGCCUCGGUGCACCUGGAGGUGAAGGCGGGCCGGGUGGAGUCGUGCCGGCUGGCCGUGGCCCCGGAGUGGCUCCCCGGGGGCCCCCCCGCCCGCCUGGCCGCCCGGCUGCUGGGGGCCCGCUUCUGCCCCUCGGAGGCGGCUGCCGUGGCGGAGGCCUUCCUGAGGGCCGAGGGGGGCGGGGCCACGGGGGCCCGUCUGGGGGCCCGCCUGGGGGACCUCUGUGACAAGAUGGUGGCUCUGAUGUGAUUCCGUAAAGUUAUGUUUUUAUAUGAUGUAAAGAAAAUAAAGAUUAGUAACAAGUCCUUUGAUUGUGUGUUCCUUGUGUUUGGAUGUAUGUGUGUUUGGGAUGGCGUAUGUAUAUAUGUAUAUGUGUGUAUGUAUAUGUGUGUAUGUAUAUGUGUGUAAUAUGUAUAUAUGUGUAUGUAUAUAUAUGUGUAUAUGUAUAUAUGUAUGUAUAUAUGUGUGAACCUCCUAAGAUGGCGCAAUUUGAUUGGUUCGCUACCUCGGGAUAUUGGGCAGUAUCCCGUGGUUGAGAUCUCAAUCUAAGGAUAUUGUUUUCAUCGCAAAAUGUCCCGCUUAGCGCUCGUGACAGUCGUCUCGUCACGCUAACAAAACAAAUAAACCGCUCAUGAAAACAAAUAAACUCUUGCAAAAAAUUUGAUCUUGUUUACUUUUGGAGUGUUCAUGUGUAGUAUACACUAAAACAAUUGUUCUCUUGUUAAAUAUGUACAUUUAUGUUCUUGGUAAAUUCAGUAACGCAAACGUUCCUAAUCGAAAACUUUUUAUUACAUGGACGAGCGCAACAAGUGACCCCUUUUUAUUGCGUGGCAACCAGACAGCGGAAUGCGCACGGCUGCGCAAUAGGAUGCGGAAUGCCCACAGCUGCGCAAUAGGACGCAGAAUUCGCACUGC